AUUGCGUUUCCUAACGAAUACGAGGUAUAGUUGUUUGAUCCCACCAUCAUUGACUAACGAUCUAAUUUCUACUGUUCCCCCCAACAUUCAAAGGCGAGGGUAUUUGGCCAUUACUUAGCAGUUUCACAUCAUUCGGCAAAUAUCAAGGAUACUGUUGAUUAACACAAUCUCGUUUCACCUUUCAUGAUAUCUAUUGACCUCCACUAUAUACUCUGUCCUCAGCAAUCACGUACGUCGUGUGCAUCACGAUUGCUAAAUUGGAACAACUCACCAUGCCCCUUAUAAUUAAUAAUAAGAAACAUGAGUACCAACCUAUUGACUCAUGUGAAGAGGCACAGGAGAUAAGAUCGCCGGGACCGGGCCGUAAUCUUGAAUCUAUCUGGCGCCGAAGAUUCUACGUUCUCCUUGCCGUCUAUUCCUCUUCGUUUAUCUUGGGUCUUAUGCUAUUCAUCUAUUUCUUCAAGGUGAGGGAGUGUCCGUCACUUAAACCAGGGGCGCAAAUACCAUACUCACCCGCACCGGUUACCUACGUGAACAAAUGGCUUCAGGGCGACCCGGACACUCCCAAGUUUGUCGGUCAACCACGGGCAGAAAUGGAUGAAGCCUGGCACAAUUUGCUCUCCGCGACAGCAAUAAAGCUAUCUGAAAAAGAACUGAAGCUAGCAAACAACGCGACAUCUAUCAAACAUCGAGACGGAGGCUAUGUUGGUGGGCUCGGUAUAUCCCACUCGUUACAUUGUGUGAAGCGAAUCAAGCAAUACAUGCACCGUGAUUACUACUAUCAAGGUGAGCAGCAAUGGGAUGAGUUAUUUUUUCACGCGGACCACUGUCUGGAGUCGCUUAGACAAGCGGUCAUGUGUGCGGCCGAUGUGAGCGUUUACACACUCGAAUGGACUCCACACAGUCGCUAUAAGCCAGCAGUUAGGGUUCCACAGCCUCACGCAUGUGUAGACUGGGAGGCGUUACACGAUUGGAUGUCUAAACGAGCAGCAAGUUUAGAGGAUGUUGUUGGACCGCCGGAGAUUUUAUUUAAGGGCAAUGAGACGGCAACAAUGCGCCGUGGCUGAGUACCGUAUAUGACACUAGUCUAGGGACAGGUACGUACGCGGCAGAAUUGUAUAGUGGAUACGAUUAGUGGUGUUGUGUGACUAUAUUAUGGAGGGCCGGGGAGGACCUUUUGCUACUCGGUGUAUAAAUUGCUGGUUCAACUGAGACACGCAGAUCUUUCCUACCUUGUACGGCAAAUCGCUGAGGCGUAAAUGCAGGGGAUCACGCCCAUUGUUCCUCCAAACAUACAUUCC